AGCAUACAGUACUGGGGCAAAUGUGUUUUACUCUGUUUUGACCAAGAAGACAGCGUGAGAUUGCACCUCACCGCUGAGCAGGACAGACAACAAUGCUGAAGCUUGUUAGCACAGUGGAUUGUUGCAGGUGCCAUUGUCAAAUAACCUGUUAUCGCAAUGUCACGAACGUUUGGGUGUGUCAGCAGGCUGCAGUAAAUUCCUGGACUGAUAUUUGUGCUGUACUUUACUUCCUUGUGCGGGGCUGAAACAGUUCGACUAAUAAGUUUUUAAACUCUGGGGGAAACUGUAGAGUGAAGGGCGUCGAUGGGAGUUGUGGCUCAGGGGAGAGCAGCAAUCACAGCUCACAGAGCAGACAGGCGCUCCGGUUUGUCCCAGCGGGAGAAAUGUUGCGUACUUGUCUACAGAAGGACCUGUUCUGUGUGCGUGGCUGCUAUCGGUUUUUUGUUAUUCCUGGAAGUCUGCCUGCUCUACCUACCGGACGCGUUAACGCUGGAACCGCUUGUCUCUGCGGAGAACAGCGCGGUGACUCUCCUGAUCUGGACGCACCCGUUCGGUCGGUACGGAAAACUUCCAGAUUGCUCUGCGCUCUUUCAGAUCGACGGGUGCACGCUCACCGACGACGAGCGCGCGUACCCGCAGGCUGACGCUGUGAUCGUCCACCACCGGGAAGUUGCCAAAGGCACCGCUGAACUGCCACCGGAUCCGCGGCCAAGUGCGCAAAAGUGGAUAUGGAUGAACUACGAGUCCCCCGCGCACACACCCAUACUGUGGCGUUUUGAGGGUGUUUUCAACCUCACGUUGAGCUACCGGACAGAUUCUGACAUUUUCCUGCCGUACGGGUAUCUAAUUCCCCGUGAGCACACAGACAGGACACCCCAGAACCGCUAUGCGCAUCCUCUCAACACACCCUCUCACUCACAUCUCCUCAAGCCCCGCCUCUUGGCCUGGGUCAUCAGCAAUUGGUCAGAGUCCCAUGCACGCGUGGCCUUCUACUACCAGCUCCGCAGGUAUGUCCAGGUGGAUGUGUUCGGGCGCGCGGGCCGGCCACUACCGGAAGACAGCGGUGGCGGAAGCGUGGUGCGGCUGGUCGGACGGUACCAGUUCUACCUGGCGCUGGAGAACUCGCAGCACACCGACUACAUCACGGAGAAGUUGUGGAACGCGGUGCUGGCCGGUGCCGUCCCGGUGGUCCUGGGUCCGUCCAGGAAGAACUACGAGCGCUUCCUGCCCCCCGAGGCCUUCAUCCACGUGGACGACUUCCCCUCAGUCCGAGGACUGGCACGGUACCUGCUGAUGCUGAGGCGCAACCCGGUCCGGCUGAGGCGGCACCUGGACUGGAGGGGGAGCUACAGCGUGCACCAGCCCGCGUUCUGGGCUGAACACUACUGCACAGCCUGCAGGGCGGUGAGGAGGAACAGGCACAAGACUGAUGUGGUUAAAGACCUGACAUACUGGUUUCGCUCGUGAAAACAGCACGUGCAGCACCAGACUGAACUAAACUGAGAUCAUUUAUAUACACACUCUCUGUAGUGAGAAAGGGGAAAGACAAACUCCUGAUCUAAACAAAUAUAUUGAUCACCAACCAAGGCUAGGGAGACUGAUCAUUUUAUUUAAAUUAUGACUUAAAUUAAAUUACCAUGUGUCAAAUCUGAGAAUGACUUCUCAUGUUUUUCUUUUUAAACUAAUUUCGUUUGUGAGCUGUCUCAUAUUCCUGUCUUUUUAAAGACCAUUCACACCCACAGAGUAAA